GCUGUUAUCUGAUUUAUUUUCGAGGCUACGGCAAUUGAUAAACUAGGAGUCGCGACGCGUCUGUCAACCACUUUACGCGAAACUUCUAGGAUGUCAUCUGCGUCAAGAAGAAAGAAUGCGACAAGCAAGACAAUCAUUCCAAAAAAAUCGACCAAAACUUUUAUCGAAGAAGCUAUGAAUAUUAGAGGACCAAAGGAUGAUUCUUUUGAUAUAGCAGAUUCAACGGAUUGGUUGGGGACGCCACUUUCUAAAUUCGCAGAUGUCGAUUCUCUAUUACGAUGUCAAGUCUGUAAGGACUUCUUCACUACGCCGAUGAUCACUUCAUGUUCGCACACAUUUUGUUCACUCUGUAUACGAAGAUGUCUCAAUAAUGACUCGAAAUGCCCAACAUGUAGAUCGAACGACCAAGAAGUAAAGCUGAAGUCGAAUGCUGCUAUCGAGGAUUUGGUGGAAGCUUUUAAGAGGGCGAGACCGGCGGCACUAGAACUUGCGAGGAAACCUGUGGUCGAAUCUACUGUUACAUCUCCAAAAAGAAAGCGUGAAAGAUCAGAUAUUGAUGGAUUGGACGAGCAAGCAAGUAAAAAAACGAGAGCUUCGACUCGCCAGGCAACAAGACGACUCGAGAGCACGGAGGCAGCACAGGAAUCACUGAUAGUUAUUGACGAAGAGGACAGUGAUGCAGAUUUCGAACUUGAUGACGGGCUUACUGCAUGUCCGGUAUGCAAUCGACGAAUGACAGCGAAAAGUGUUGAAGCUCACAUUGGGAGGUGCCUUGCGGAAUCCGAAACUACUCCUCAAUCUACAAGUAUUUUAUCAAAACCCUCAAUUCCAUUAUCUCAGCCAGUCAGACGGCCGGAGCGAUUACCUGUCGUCAACUUCAGCUUAAUCAAAGACCAGGCCUUGAAGAAGAAGCUUAUAGACUUAGGAAUAUCGGCUGGUGGGGGGAGAGAAAUGAUGAGGAGGAGAUUAACAGAGUAUACGACUAUAUGGAAUGCCAACUGUGAUGCGAAAAAUCCGAGGAGUACGGCGCAGUUAAAAAGGGAUCUUGAUUCUUGGGAAAGGACGCUGGGUUCAAGGGCACCACAACCGAGCGCAUUAUCCGCUCAUAUCAAGGAUAAAGACUUUGACGGGCAAGCAUGGGGAGAAGAAUAUAAAAAUGGCUUUAAAGACUUAAUUGCUCAGGCUCGUAAAAAAAUUGUGAAAAACAAGCCUUCUAGAGAGUUAGAAACGGACUCUUUAGCAUCCACGACAGUGCUACCGGCAUCUAGUCAAGAUUCACCAGGUAUUGCACUCAGUGGGGAUGUCAGGAAGGGGCGGGAAGAUUUGUUGCCAGAGAUUCAGCGUGAGCGGAUAUCUGAUAACAACCCAAUACAAUCACUGUCAGGGGCAUCAGAAGCCAACAGUCCACUACCUAAUGGGCGAUUCUUCUCAGAAAGUGCAGGAACACCGGAGUACGCGAUGGCUGCUCCAUCAUCAUCACAAUAUGAUAAAAAUAUGUCAAUAACGCAUGUACAAGAGCGGCAUGGUGCAUUUGCAGGAGCAGGAGCAGAUAUGAACAAAAAUGGUCCAAUGCAGCCAUAAUAGAUGAAACUAAUAUAUAAGAUACCCUUUCUCACACUUCGAAUACUUUCAACUCUCUUCUUUGUCUCGAUAGAAAUCAUCCCUCGUGUGCUUUCACGAGUCUAGCAGUUUCAAAGCCGUGUGAGAUAUACAACAAUUCCGCUGCCUUGACUUUAUACAAGCCAUCCAUAUUGUAUCCCGCCCCGACGAUCAGGACAAUAAUUUAUAUCGAGUCCAUAUGUACAAGUGAAUCAAUACGGGAUCGCGCAAGGCGUAUCACUUCACUCUCCACCAUCAUCUAUUGCUUAAUCUCGAGUAUUCCUGGUUACUAAGUAGGAAUAAAAUUCCAGUCCUGGGCAUUGGUUGCCGCUAGUAUAGCUCGGUUUUUAAUUUGACCAUUUCCAAAACUAAGGGUGAUUGAAACAAAUUCCGCAGUGAUCUUAUUUGGUAUACCACAAUGCUUAGAACAUGGCGGAGUGAUUGCUCGGUGAGUGCUCGUGAAUAGGUAUUCCUGAUGGCGCAGGAGAUGAUCCAUGAUGUAUGAUGGAGUGAUAGAAAUACCCCGAUUUUUAUCAUUUUUAAUGUUUCCAUCAUAACAAUCAAAUAAUCUCUCCCUCCUUCAUAUUUCGAUAUGGUGGGAUCACCCGACCGUGACUAUGAGUAACGUUUUGUCCUAGCCCCAGUCACGCUCCUUCCCCAAUACCUACCACCGUCUACGUUCACCCCUUUCUCUCAACUGGAACUCCCGACCUUUAUAAUUCCUAAAUUUCUCUCCAUCAUCACAAAUUACCAUCAUGACUUAAUGGUAAUUGGGAUACUCCGGAUUUGAUCUCCGCAGAUACCUGGUUCAAACCCAUGGAUCCACAUUAUAGGCAAGUCCUAUGCUUGACUCGAAAUUCUGCAGAUUUUUAGAGUCCCCUACGUGGUUUAAAUCCAUGAACCAAAAAUAUACCCUGUUUAGACUAAAAAAGUCAACAUGGGGUUAAUGGUUUGAAUCCAUAAUUAUAAGGGUGAUGUCGAACAACGACCUCCCUGCCCUUUAUCCAUAGCAUAGAAAUAUGUAGAUAUCAAAUCGGCUUAAGAGAGUUUGAUUGUAUCCCGGAGCAGACGUGCUUCUGUGGGUCCUCAAGAUUCUUGAGUGUGAGCGAGAGGAUGCACACCACCAAAGUAGUGGAACCUCUUUUGCUAGUAUGGAUUUUGGGUAUAUUUUUGGAGGCGUGAGGAGGAUAGAACAGCAAGAGGUGGUAAGCAGUUAGGAGGCUUUUAUAGACUCUGUAAGAGAUGAAUGGUAAGGUUUAUUCAUAUUUGAUA